GCGACACGUAGAGUGUUUUCAGUUUUUCUUGGUGGCUAGUUUUUCGCUAAUGAACUUGUCCUUAGUUUGAACAUAGGAGCUUAUUUAUUUAACAAAUGAGGUGUGCAGGACACUACAUGCGUCCUUUCUGGAGUGUAAUCUAUUUAUCACAACAACUUUCCUCGUCUGCUGUUUGGAGCGUCCUUAGUUUGCCGUGUCAGUUCGGGGAGAGGCGACCACUGAUGCUAUCAACGUGUUCUAUCAGAUGGUGACAGCUUUACCUGGGGAUCAGCCCCCAGUUGUCAUGACUCGUGAAGGGCUGCACUUCAUACACAUCAGACAGGGGGGGCUGUACUGUGUUGCCACGACAACCACCAAUGCCUCCCCAUUCACCAUCAUCGAGUUCCUCAACAGAUUGGCAGCACUGAUUAAGGACUACUGUGGCAGUCUCUCUGAGAAGUCCGUCAGAAUGAACUUUGCCCUAAUUUAUGAGAUGCUGGAUGAAAUGCUGGACUAUGGUUACAUCCAGACCACCUCUACAGACAUUCUAAAGAACUUUAUCCAGACAGAGGCUGUUAGCUCCAAACCCUUUAGCCUGUUUGACCUUAGUAAUGUGGGACUGUUCGGUGCAGAAACCCAGCAGAGUAGAGUUACCCCUAGUGCAUCUGCCAGUAGGCCCAUUAUGUCAAGCCGUGGCGAUCAGGGAGGGAAGAAUGAGAUUUUCGUGGAUGUGGUGGAGCGGCUAACGGUGGUCAUCGGCGCUAACGGUGUGCUGAUGAAGGUGGACAUUCAGGGUGAGAUCAAGGUGAAAUGCUACCUGCCCACCUGUUCAGAGAUGAGGAUUGGGCUUAAUGAGGAAUUCAGUGUUGGGAAGUCCCAGCAACGAGGUUAUGGGGCUGCAGUGCGAGUGGAUGAGUGCAAUUUCCACCAGGCUGUGCGACUAGAUGAGUUUGACAGUUACAGAAUCCUGAAAAUCUGUCCUAGUCAGGGGGAGCAAACGGUGAUGCAGUACCAGCUAUGUGAUGACUUGCCCUCUGCACCUCCAUUUCAACUCUUCCCCACAGUGGAGAGAGAUAAAAGUGACCGGCUGUUAAUUUACCUGAAACUCAGAUGUGACCUGCCACCCAAAAGCGCUGCCAUAAAUGUUUCUGUUACCGUACCUAUACCCAAGGGCUCAUUAAGCAUGUCCCAAGAGCUCAGCAGCCCAGACCAGAGGGCGGAGCUCCAGCCCAGCAGCAAAGCAGUUCAUUGGGAGAUCUCUCGCUUUCCGGGUGGCGCUCAGCUGUCUGCACUUUUCAAGCUUGAGGUCCCAGGCUUGAGUGCUGCCUCACUACUGGAAGUAGGUCCGGUCAGUAUGAGCUUUGAGCUGCCAAAGCACACCUGUACAGGCCUGCAGAUCCGCUUCCUCCGCCUAACCCCAGUCCAGCCCAACCCAUCUCCGCGCUGGGUGCGCUAUGUCACCCACUCAGACUCUUAUACUAUACGCAUCUAAUAAAGCCCUGCCACACCCUGAAUCUAGCAUGUCCACGUGUCAGUUGAAAGAAAUUUCAUGUGGGAUUCCUCAUCCUUCAUUCCUUAUGGUUGGCAUUUCCUCAGGUGGGAGUGAAGAAGUAACAUCUGUAUCUUCUGCCCUGAGGACGACAAUAUGGCCUCCAUUUGUCUUAAACUUGCACAGCUACCCCACAACAACCUCUGAACCCCUCGAAGCUGAAGCUUCAUUUGCACAAAUUUACUGACAGUGUAUCCAUGCUGCUUAAAACAACCCUUUGACAUGUGUGAGAUAUUUUAAAUGAUGCAAUUUGGACUGACCAAAUCUUAAAGAUGUAUCAGGAAAUCGAUACCUCAUGUUCUGCUUCGCUGCUGUACACAUGAAGUAGCAGGUUAAUAGCAAUCCCUGGUUCUCUCUUUCAGACACAUGAUGAAUGCAUUAAUCUGAAUUCGCAGCCUAACAGAUGUGACUGUCCGCAAGGCGGGUAGAUGGAACUGAUCAAUGAAAAGUUUGCACCCAGUUAUGAGCCUCCUUAAGGUCUCACAGAGCAGGAUUUCUUAACCUGUUCCUCAGAGACCCCCAAGCAGUCCAUGUUUUUGCUUGAGCUGGGAUUAGUCCAGUCUGGUGGUUUUAUCUAAGAUAAGAGUGAUUGAGUAAUCAAUAUUAAAACAAUACUGAAUGUUAUUAAAUGUUACCAUUCACACAAUCUCCUGAGGAAUAAAGCCAUCAUUCUAGAUUCUCACCAUACCUCUUUAAUAGUUUUGUCAAAGUGCAGUGUUCUAUAGCAGUGACCUCUGUGUUGUUUCAACACCCUUCCUGCCUGUAUGUUACAUUUUUAUGGUCAAUUUCCCUGAUGCUUGUUCAUAAGAAAUAGAGGCCUUUUGAACUGGUGAGCUGUCAGCAAUUGUCCUUAAAGCAUAAAGUUGGAUGAGAAGGGUAACAAAUCUGCAGGUUUAAAAAAAAAAAAUUCUGAAUAACUAUUCUAUUCCGAAUAACUAUACUAUUUUAAAUAGGUGAUAAAUCACCUAUGGAAUGCAGUAUUCUUUUACAGGGGGUCCCAAGGGUGCGUUUGUAAUGAAAACACUGAAGUUUUCAAAUGAUGUAUGAAUAAAUAAAUGUUUGAUAAUUGAUUCAUUACAAUUGGCCAUUUUGAUGCUUUGUUGUACUCUUUAAUUGUCUUUGAGUAGUGUUGAUUGCAUAUCAGGGUAGUAACAGCAUAGUAACCCCUCACCUCACUUAAGCCAUUUACGCUACAGUGAUUGUUUACAAGAAAUAGCUUUGCUGUAAUGGUGAUCGAAAAAUAAAACAGACCAAAACAAUGUAAA